AUGAGCAUAUACAUUGCUUUGGACGAAGCACUGAAAUUUCAGUUUCGUUCAUUUUUUGUUCUACACCACCAACACCCCUCUGAUACCGCCACUCGCCGGAAUCAGAUCCAUCUCAAACACUUAUUCCGGGAUCGUUAUAUCCGCGAAACGCCUUCUGGUGAUGAGUUGAGAGCAGAUCAGCCCUACCCUUGGACUUCUGGGACGCUUUUUUGGCUUGAACAGCCCAGCAUGACUCCAUCAGCCCCGUUCUCUGCAGCAGGACCUGUAGCCUCGUCUGGUCGCGCCAGCGCAGGCAGCAGCGGAAGUACAUCCAAGACCGCCACGGUUGCUCGGCUUGGUCGUGUCGCACUACGUACACAGUCUGGCCGCUAUCUUCGGCCCGCCGAUGGCUCCCUGGUGGAGACCAUAGACGACCCAGUCCUCAUGUCGAUGGAGCUCAAGCCGGGUGAGUUGUUUGCAUUUUCCAUAAUCAUAGUCCACUUUCGAGCAUACUCCGCAGUCACACGGACUGGGAGUAAACAUGGACUUUUAGAGGUUUCGUUCUCGAGACAUGUGGUUUUCAAGAAAAUCUGUACUCUACCAGUAAAAGUAUCAUUUACAAAUAUAUGA